UCAGGCACCUCUAUAACCUUUUGUUCACCUCCUUUCUAGUUACAGCUUCCAAUUAAUUUCUUCAUUUGACAGUAGCACCCAAAGACUAGGGUACGUGUGCUGUCGUUUGACUAGUGAAGAACUGAUCUCUUGGGCAAAAGCAAAAAGCAUAACAAUCACCUCGCCUGCCUGCAGCAAACGACUCCGUACACAAAUUCUUUUCUUUCUUCUUCCACACGCUCACCAAUUCUCCAUUGCAACACUUACAGUUCUUCCCUCGAAAUCAGACUAUGAAUCUUACCGUUCACUUCUCCGUCUCUCACACCUCCUCCUCUUCUACCACCUCGCGUUUUCUACUACAGCAACCGUAUCUAUUUCCAGCGAUUCGCUAUUCCAAUCCCAAAUCCACGCAAUCUUUAUUUUGGCGCCAAAAUCGCCGUAUCUUGACUCUCAAAGCUCAAACAUCUAACGGCGCUGUUAAUGAUAACGGCUUCAUCCUCGAAGACGUCCCUCACUUAACAGAUUUUCUUCCUGAUUUACCUUCUUACCCUAAUCCACUGCAUAAAAGUCAAGCAUAUGCCAUUGUCAAGGAAACUUUUGUUAAGCCAGAGGAUGCGGUGGCUGAAUCAGUUGUUGUACAGAAAGAUAUUCCGAGAGGAGUUCAUUUUAGGCGCGCAGGCCCGAGAGAAAAGGUCUAUUUUAAACCUGAAGAAGUUCGUGCUUGCAUUGUGACUUGUGGGGGUUUAUGUCCAGGGAUUAACACAGUUAUCCGGGAGAUAGUUUGUGGACUGAAUUAUAUGUAUGGUGUCAAUAAUAUACUUGGCAUUCAGGGAGGAUAUAAAGGAUUCUACUCCAGAAACACAUCGACAUUGACUCCUAAAGGUGUGAAUGAUAUUCAUAAGCGUGGUGGAACUUUUCUUCAAACGUCUAGAGGCGGCCAUGAUACUCAAAAGAUUGUUGAUAGCAUUCAGGACAGGGGGAUAAAUCAGGUGUAUAUUAUUGGAGGUGAUGGCACUCAGAAAGGAGCAGCUCUAAUUUCCAAGGAAGUUGAGAGACGUGGUCUUCCAGUGGCAGUUGCUGGAGUCCCCAAGACAAUUGAUAAUGAUAUUGCUGUGAUAGACAAAUCUUUUGGAUUUGAUACUGCUGUUGAGGAAGCUCAAAGAGCAAUUUAUGCUGCGCAUGUAGAGGUUGAAAGUGUAGAGAAUGGAGUUGGAGUAGUUAAACUGAUGGGUAGAUACAGUGGUUUCAUUGCUAUGUUUGCAACUUUGGCAAGCAGAGAUGUGGAUUGUUGCUUAAUUCCAGAAUCUCCAUUCUUUCUGGAAGGCCCAGGUGGGCUCUAUGAAUAUAUUGAGCAGCGGCUAAAAGAAAAUGGCCAUUUGGUCAUUGUGAUAGCAGAAGGAGCAGGACAGGAAUAUGUUGCUCAGAGCACACAAGCAACUGAUGAGAGAGAUGCAUCAGGAAACAAGCUUCUUCUUGAUGUUGGCCUGUGGUUGACCCAGAACAUUAAGGAUCAUUUUACGAACUUCCGCAAGAUGGCUGUAAAUAUGAAGUAUAUAGAUCCAACAUAUAUGAUACGAGCCAUUCCUAGUAAUGCAUCAGACAACAUUUAUUGCACUCUUCUUGCACAAAGUGCAGUUCAUGGAGCCAUGGCUGGGUAUACGGGCUUCACAGUUGGACCUGUGAACAGCAGACAUGCUUAUAUUCCCAUUGCAAGAGUGACAGAGGCAACAAAUACAGUGAAGUUGACAGAUAGGAUGUGGGCUAGACUACUUGCAUCCACAAAUCAGCCUAGUUUCUUAAAAUCAAAUGAAAUGUUGCAAGAACAAAUAGAUGAAAACAAAGUUGAUGCGGGAAAUGACAACAUUAAGAUUACUACUUAGAUUUUGAGGAUCUGAACGUGAAAGCUAAACAGGUCAGCGCCAAAAUGGAGAAAUUUCUCUGAUCUGAAUUCGAAGUUCCUGUGAAGUAUAUACUUUUACGUAUGAGAAGUAUUAUUUGGCAGCCUAGCUUUAUACAUUUUCUGCCUAGGACAUGCAGUUAUAAAUCAUUCAAUGGCUCGAUGUGUUAUCAUUGAUUCAAAAUAUAUGGCAUGUAUAGAAAGUUAACUUUCAUACUUGAAAUGGCUCAAGUUUAGCAGUAACCCACCCUGUUGGGAAGGAUGUGAGGGGCAUAUACUUUCUGAAUCGAGUGUCUGUUGGCUGUUGCGUACCAGCUGAGAUGUUCAUUGGCAAGGUUUUCACGAUCCGAUACUCUGACUGUUGAGUUGGGAGAAUUUUGAUGAAACCUUCCCUUUAUAUUUGGAUUGAUUCCACUAGGCGCAGUCAAGUUUAUGUGAUAUGCUCAAUCAGUACUUGAUAUGUUAUCCACUUAUCUUUUUUUAUGGUCUAAGGAUCUAUAAAAGAUUCAUCCAUUUGCGACUUU